UGUGUAGCUUCCCCGUUUAUCGGUUGAUCAAUGCGGCGGUUGACUUCUGACUUUCGUUUCCUGGCUCUGUUAAAUAUUUUUCAAAAGUUCCGACAUUUAUGAGUGAUUAAUAAACAUCAUGACGGCCAACAGCCGCUGUUCUGCCGCGGAGCCUCCGGGCCUGGAGACCCAGCGACGGGAGAUCGAGUCUCUGCUGCGGGAAUGUGAGCUCCGCGCUGGGGACAGUUGGUACGUGGUGGAGCGCCGCUGGUAUGAACAGUGGAAGGAGUUUGUGGAGACCGGAGACCAGAACUCGUCAUCCUUCCCCGGUCAGAUUGACAACACUGAGCUGUUUGAGGAUCUGGACUCGUACCACCUGAAGGAGCGUCUGGUGGAGAACGAGGACUUUAUGUUGGUGCCGGCUGAGGCCUGGCACAAGCUGCUGGCCUGGUACGGCAUGGUGGAUGGCCAGCCGCCGCUAGAACGCAAGGUGGUGGACCUGCCCAGCACUCUGAAGGUGGAGGUUUACCCUGUUGAGAUCUUCCUCUGUCUCCAUAGCAACAUGGAGAGCAUCAUCACCUCACAGUUCAGCCGCGCCGACAACAUCCAGUCGAUCCAGAGGGCCAUGUGCGAGGCCUUCUCGGUGCCUGCGGGCUCAGAGUGUCGUCUGUGGAUGAAGAGUUCGGACAACAGCUGCGAGCGCCUCAGGAACGUCCACGUGAGCGUGUUGGACGCCUGCUUGAGCUCCGGGAUGACGGUGAUCAUGGAGACGAGGAAUGCUGACGGCACCUGGCCGAGCUCCAGACCUCAGAUCAUGAGGAACUCUGUGGAGGAGCAGGACUCGUACCGAGGACAGCCGGGAGUCUGCGGCCUCACCAACCUGGGCAACACCUGCUUCAUGAACUCUGCCCUGCAGUGUCUGAGCAACACUCCUCCUCUGACCGAGUACUUCCUGCUGAGCUCCUACCUGGAGGAGCUGAACUUCACCAACCCGCUGGGCAUGAAGGGCGAGAUCGCCGAGGCCUACGCCGACGUCAUCAAACAGAUGUGGUCUGGGAGGCAUUACUCUGUGGUGCCGCGCGUCUUCAAGACGAAGGUGGGUCACUUUGCGUCUCAGUUUCUGGGUUACCAGCAGCACGACAGUCAGGAGCUGCUGUCCUUCCUGCUGGACGGACUGCAUGAAGACCUGAACAGAGUGAAAAACAAAGAGUACAUCGAGCUGCGGGACGCCGACGGACGACCGGACCAGGAAGUGGCCGAGGAGGCGUGGCGAAACCACCGCCGGCGGAAUGACUCGGUGAUCGUCGACACGUUUCACGGCCUCUUCAAGUCCACGCUCGUCUGUCCCGAGUGCCACAAGGUCUCCGUGACCUUCGACCCCUUCUGCUACCUGAGCGUCCCACUUCCCGUCAGCAAGGAGCGCGUCAUGGAGGUCUUCUUUGUGUCUCUGGACCCCUACGCCAAACCUGCCCAGCAUCGCGUCGUGGUUCCUAAAGCAGGAAAAGUGUCUGAGCUCUGCUCGGCCCUGUCGGAGAUGACCGGCGUACCUGCCACACAGAUGGUGGUAGCUGACGUGUUCAACCAUCGCUUCUAUAAGAUCUACAACACCGACGAAUCUCUGAGCUGCAUUCUGGACCGAGACGACAUCUUUGUGUACGAGCUGAGCGUGCCGGAGGAGCAGCAGGAGGAGCGGGUGCUGCUGGCGCUCUACCUGAGGGAGCGCUCUCACUACAGAGACUACGGCUCGGGCAGCAGCUCGUACGGCACCACGCUGUUCGGACACCCGCUGCUGCUCAGCGUGCCGCGCAGCAGCUGCAGCCGCGAGGCGCUCUACAACCUGUUCCUGCAGAGGCUGGCGCGCUACGUGCGACCUCCCGACCCCUCUGAAGAGUUGGAGGAAGAGGAGGAAGAUGAUGAUGAUGAAGAGGAGCUGUACAAGACUCAGACCAACGGCGUCAGUGACGACGAGGAGCAGGAAGACGGGGAGAAAGCCGGUCCCUCUCAGACAGAGCCCUCCUGCAGCGAUGCAUCUGCAAACAGCCAAUCAGACGACACCGCCGCCGCAGAGCCCCACCCCGAUCUCAACCACACGCAGUCCUCACUGGACCAUGACGACAAGGAGACCAACAACGGGUCCCAGGACCAGACUGAGAGCCCCUGCUGCGCCGGCACCGCCGACAGCAGCGACGAUCCCAGCGACCUCACCUCAGAACCAGCAGCAGAGCCGCCGCAGCAGCCCCGCCAGACCGCAGAAGAAGAAAAAGAAGAGGACAAGCAGGAGGAGGCGUGUUCUCCCAGCCUGCCAGCCAAUGAGCAGCCAGCUAAGACGAGGGCGUGUCGUAAGAGGAGGAAGAGUCUGUUCACCAUCCAGGCGGUCAACUCCAACGGGACGACUGAGAGAGGGACGGGAGAGGGAGGGAGCGCCGUGUCCUUCACCUCUCAGCCGUACGUGGCCAUCGACUGGGACCCGGACAUGAAGAAGAGAUUCUACAAUGAAAACGAGGCCGAGAAGUACGUGAAACAUGCCAGCAUGGAUGUUCCUCAGCAGCAGACCACCGUUCAGCUGCAGGAGUGUAUCGAGCUGUUCACCACGGUGGAAACACUGGAGGAGGAGAACCCAUGGUACUGUCCAGUCUGUAAGAAACACCAGCUGGCCACGAAGAAGCUGGACCUCUGGUCUCUGCCGGAGGUUCUCAUCAUCCACCUCAAGAGGUUCUCCUACACCAAGUUCACCAGAGAGAAACUGGACAGCAUCGUGGACUUUCCCCUCAGAGAUCUGGACUUCUCUGGCUGCCUCCUGAGGAAAAGUCUGUCCAAUGGGGAGCCUCCGAGCCGUUAUGACCUCAUCGCAGUGUCCAAUCACUAUGGAGGACUCAGAGACGGACACUACACCAGCUAUGCGUGCAACAAGGAUAACGGUCAGUGGUAUUACUUCGAUGACAGCAAGGUGACCUACGCCAGGGAGGACCAGAUCGUGACCAACGCUGCCUACGUCUUGUUCUACCAUCGACAAGACAAGAUCCGAAAACCCACCCUGCCCGCCCCCAACGCGAGCCCCGCCAGCGACAUCACUUCCUGCAAAGACGACGACGCAGAGCUGGGCACCGCCUCUUAUGUCACCAUGGAAACGGACUAAAUGAACCCUCAAGACUUGGUUUUAAUUCUACUUGACGGUAAUUUAUUUGUGUUGUGGUUCUUCGUCAGAGGAAGCGGCCUUUUCUCCUCUUUUACGUCUUUCUGUUUUCACGUUUUGGAUUUUUCUUGUUUUCCAACAGCACUUGAACAUUCUGAUUUCUUCUCGUCCCCCACUCACUGAAAACAGAAGCACAUCUGCAUGUUGCAGCUCAGCUCUCGGCUCAUUUCCUCCUGGUCAGAAUCGGUAGAUAACGUGGACGCUUGAUACUCAGGUAGCUUGACGCGGCAGCAGCUCGGUUAAGAGCGCCGAGUUGAGCCUGAACCAGAUGUUGAACAUAGAAAUCCAGCUCGGAUGGUCUGCGGCCACAUUCAGCUUCUACAUUCAUCUGGAAGUGAGCCCGAAACUUCAGCGCUGGUUUGAUUCUGAAAUUAAAAAUCCAGCUUUUUUAAAACACUGACACACAGUUUAACACGUAAAAUAAAUCCUGACCACGUUAAACAGGUUAUGCUGCACACAAGCUUGAAAGCAGGUUAGUUGUCAUGGUUUUUGUGUUCAACAGGAUUCAGCAGAAACACAUUAAAGUGGGCCCAGGUGCAGCGUGAAGGGGAUUGUGGGUAAUCGGUCGUGUUCGUAGCAGAGAAGCAGGUAAUUUAAUUCUGAACAAAGCUGCCAGGGAUGAGAACGAACCUCUUUGUAUAUUUUGGUUAUUUUUUUGCUGGUAUUUAUUUUUUUAAUGGAUUAAUUUCAGAUGUCGCAGGUUGUUUUUGUUGUUUCCUUGAAUGAUUUUGAUGAUCGACAGGACGUUGAAAUGCUUAUUUUUCAUAUUUAUAGAUUACAUUUGUAUUCAGGCAUAAAUCUAUGGGAUGGCGCGGCAGGUUAACUGUUGGAUCUUUGUGCAGAGACGGACUCUGCUGGGUUUUAAAGCGGCUCUGUGUACAGUAUUUUUGUAUUGUAAGAAUUGUAUUAUUAUCAUUCCUGGGGGGAGCAGGAGGGAAGCUUGAGGUGAUUUCUUUCUUUGAUCUUCCCUGUCAAAUAUCAGAUGAAAAUAUUUUAUUGUACUUUCAAGCUUUUGAUAUGAAUAAAAGAUGAUUAUUAUCACGA